GGAUCUGCUAUUGUGAUCGGAAUCCGCGGUCAUUCAGCUGUCUCCUGCCCCAACGUUGAUCAUUUGCCACCUAGGAGAGAUCCACAAUAGCCUGGCGUGUGUAUGUAUAAAGACAGGCCAUAGAGAGGGGGGUCCGGCUAUAGCCUAUAUAUACAGCCACGCCACCCCGGAGAGCGCUCACUCUUGACAGCACCUCACCACUGAUACUAUCUCCCCGUGCACCGCGCUGAUUUGGGACAGUCCCUUCGCUUGUAGUAUCGAUCGCCGCCACAGACCAGGGUGUUAGUUUGGGGACAGCCGCGGUGUGGUCCGUUGUCAACAGAGGCGCGUCACUUUCCCAGGAGCCCACCUAUUACCUCUACGCUAAGGUCUUCACCCUGUCCUAAGCAGCUAGGGGGGAAAGCCAGGAACGUAUACUCACGUGACAACUGUCCACCGCGGUCCUAACUUUUAACACGGACAGGACGGAAUCAAUCUGUCUUUGUGGAGAAGACAAUUCUAUCCAGACAUGAUGGUGGCCAUUAGGAAAUGUUCAAUGCUUCUGCUUGUAUUGACUUUGUCUGUGUGCCUCGUCCAAUGUAGACCAGCUGACCGUGUAAAGAGGCGGUCGUGCAGGGAAGGAAUGGUGGACCUGGCAGGCGAUUGUAUCCCUGUGAAGACGGUGAAGAGUUUGGGACUGUUACUUUGUGAAUUAAGCAGAUACAUGAGCAAGGAUAACCCUCUCUCAGGACUAGACAAGUUCUGCAUACACACUGAGAGGCGGAUCUGGGGUAAUCAUGGAUUCCUCGACGAUGAAGACAGCAGGGAGGACGAGAAGAGGGCGUGGUGGCAUUCCGGUCUAAAACCUGACAGGAGAUGAAAGGUCAGGCCCAGUCACAUGACCAAGUCACAUGUGCAAGUGCUCAAACGCAAGCUUUCCCACCGAGGUUCAUGUUUUAUUAACUCACUCGCCGUCAUUGUAAUGGAUUUUUUGCGAGAUGUGGUCAUGCGAUCGCGUCGUUUUAAGACACUUAGCUCAUCAGCGUAACAAUAAUUGAAUGCGCUCAGGCGCCUUUUUUAUUAUAUUUUUUGGGUUCUUUUGGAUUAUCGAUACUUAGGCAAAAAAAUUCUUUUCAGUGCAAAAUAAUUAGCUGUGUUUAUGCACGGUGGUUACUAUGUGUUUCUUUGUUUUGUUAUAAACUGCAACAAGUCUAGGACGUAAAACACAGUUGAGUACUGUAAACUGUUAGUUGCGAUUUUCGUCAGUAUGUCUAAAAAUACUGUCGAAAAUACAGAUGUUAGAACUUUAUUAGGUUUUAGAUCUGUCCAUAAAAAAGCAUUCCUAGCUAUUUGUAAGUUAUGGACCCUAUUACUAUAUGUGAACCAUAAGAGAACUCUCAGGUUUUUUGUCAUCUGAUUGUUCACUUUUAUUGCAUUUAUCAGCGACAUUCAUUUAUAGAAAACGUCACUAUGUAUAAGAACAAAUAUACUAUGCUGAAAUAUACAUGCAUGUUAAUACUUAGAGCGCUUACGAUUAUGUGGAAGCACCAGUGUUGUCAGAUUAUGAGGACCAAUCACGAAACAAUAACACCGAAUAUCGUGACAUGAUUGGCUAGGCUAGGUUGUCGAGAUCGGUGUUUCCGUGUUAUCGUAAGAGCCCUUAAUCUAUAUCUAUGAGCUAAAAGAUAGGAAAGGUCGUAGUUUUAUCACAACAGAACUGUAAUUGUUUGAGUUAUGGCCAGUUUUAAUUCAUCAUCGUUCCUGUGUGAAAAUACAUCUGAAAUCUAAUAAGACUGCGUACACACAAGACACUAUUGAGAUGUCUAACAGCUGCAAAUAACAUUGGCGACCAAACAUGGUAUCUUGUACCAGCACACCUGUAAGUUUUUUGUGUUUUUUUUAAUUUAAUUGAAAUGCAAGCAUUUGUGGACAUUUCAGGUGUCCAGGGUAGAGCCAUUUAAAAUACCAUCAAAUUUGAGAAGGAUCUGUUUUUUUGCCCAUGUCUGCACUUCUCUGAUCGCAUGAGGCAAGGUGAUAAUUAGCUCUCGCUCUGUUUCCUUCUGUUGACAACGAUUGCUACUUAGGAACAUCUAGGCUUCCUCAGGCUUCAGAGCUUUCCCCUAAUUCGUUUUGCAUCAUACUUAAACCUGUCGUACAUUUCGAAAAUGCUGUUGGUUUCUACGUACAACCAGAUCACAAGCGAAACAAGCAAGUACCGGAAUGUAAAUUCUUUAUUACAAAAAUAAUAUAAUGUUAUCUUCUUUGUCCUGUUCUGUGAUGCUAUUGCGAAAACCAGUUAUGUAUAUAUUGUUAAAUAAGUCUACAAAUGGAAUAAAUAAUGGUACACAUAAAGAGUAUGUUUUACUCCCAUGAGAACGACUGAUUGAAGAAGUCGUAUGUCAUGUCAUCCAAUUAAAAUCAGAUCGUAUAUGUCAACGACUUAUAAUAUAUUAAAUGACCUCUUGCAGUGGGACCAUAGAUUUUUUCCUACAGCAUUUUCUUAUACGUAUCCAUGGCCCUGCGAAUAGCAUAAUCCUCAGCUAUAACGGUUGAAGGAUUUACUGGGUGUGUCACACCAGCAACGGGGCUCGAGCAUUAACAGUUGAUCUAAAAGGGACAUUUCCUUUGGCAGCUGUUAGUAUAAACACUAACAGGCUGCACCUAUUACUGAUAACUCUUGGUCAGUUUCCUUAAAUGGAAAAGCAUGGUGCAGAGGACAUGUCGUCACCCUAGCGCUGCUGAUCUGUGGUGAAUGCAUGAGAGAACAGUCGUGCAUCACAAAGAACCAACCAGUUCACAUCAAAGUUGCCACCUGUAAAAGAGCAGCUCCCACAAAACGUACUGGGUGUUUCUACAUGCAGAACCCUUGUAGUCACCAUGGCGAUGGUUGGGCGUUCUUAUUCUAAAUUCAACGUUUGUCGAAAGAUAUAUACAUAUUUAUUGUUAUUAUUAAGGUAAGCACUAGGAUAGGCGUCUCACACAAACCCAUUUAUAGCUGACAUUACGAGAUAAUUUAAUGGCUACAACAUGUGCCGACAGUAGUUAGAUAGACAUAUAUCUACCUGUCUCUCUGGUUGUGCGAUUUCGAUAGCUUUAUCCCUUUGCUUUUUUGGAACUGCUGCCUCACCGGAAUACGGGAGCCACAGUCUACCAAUAACAGAUCGUUUUGCUCAGUACAAAUACGAUAUUCAUCAUUUUUUUUCCAUUAGUAAGCAUAUUCCUUUCGCUGCCUCGCUUUUUUGUAGCACUAUUGCACUCCAUAUCCUGUGACCAGGUAGAGUGGGCUUUUGAGCAAGAUGUAAAAGAAGGCAGCAUUUUUUUUCACUUUUGCAGCUCUUGCGGAGAGUACAUGAUAUGAUGUCAACAUUCGAUCAGACAGAGUGAAUAAUUGAGCAUACGUUUAACGCUCCAGUUAAUGUAAUCGCUCAACCUGGACAUACUAUAUUCAUUGUGAUGAAACCAUAUGUAUGUACAUUUGCCGAAAAGGAGGAAUGUUUUGCUACCAAACUGUAUGCACGCAGCAUUGCACUUAAACGUGUGUGAGGGCAAAACGCCGCAUGAUUUGUGCUCCGGGAUUCUGUUACUCGCAAUCUAAUACACACGUUUUCACGAAAACAACUUUUUACCACAAAAUAUUUAUCCGAUAAAAAUGUGUUUGCUUAUGAAAAUUAUUUGAUUUGCCCAUUCGUUUAUCAACUAUUUUCGCUAUAAUAAAUGCCAUUUUUGAGUGAUCCUUACGUUUUAA